AUGAAGGCCGAACACGGUGUUGAUGAAAGUGAAUUUCGUGAAUACGGACUUUGGCGGCUCCAGCCCUACAAUAUGCGCUCUCGGUUGUGGAACAAUAUAGCUCGAAAUAAUUUGAAUCAAUUAUCCGUAUUUGAAAAUUUAGUUGGCAAUGUCAAGGAGAAGAUAACAAAGUUGAGCGAGCUAGAUGUGAGGGAGAUAGAUUUCUUGGCGUUGCAGAUGCAAGUAAUACUCCAAAUUAGAUUCUACGAAGACCAAUGGACUUUCACUCCAAGAGCAAUGAAAGCUCACUGCCCUUUCAGGAGCUAUACGCUUAGUCCUCGUACUCAUCCCGUUGCGUUGCUCAAGGUGCACUUCAUCGGAGACAACUUGUCGAGGUGGUUGUUCAUUAUUGAUGUGAGUGGAAUUCGGGCAAAUUUUGACGCUGACGUGUUUCUACAAAGCCGACUGAAAGUUGUUCUUGGCCUAUCUACCAAACGCGGUGCUCUCAUUUCGGGUAAGUGCCUCCAGCCAUAUCUUCCUCACAGGUAUAUGACGGGUGUGACAGUUUCCUUAGAGUGUUUGAGUAUCAAGAAGGAGUUCAUGUUCCUAGCGGCGACCAAAUAUAUCAAAUCGAUAUUGCUGCGUAGUCGGUAUGACUCAUUGAACCAGAAGUUCAUUCCAUUCGCCUUGCUGCCUUGUAGCAUUGCCAUUAACAUCUUCCCAGACACUCACAUUUGCCAUACAACAAACCAAAUAUAUAGCUCCUCUUCCCUCAUCCCCACACAUCUCUUCUUCAUUCCACUUCUUCUUCAUCCAACCUCUCCUUCAUCCAACCUCUCCUUCAUCCAACCUCUCCUUCAUCCAACCUCUCCUUCAUCCAACCUCUCCUUUAUCCAACCUCUCCUUCAUCUAACCUAUCAUUCAUCCAACCUCUCCUUCAUCUAA